CUUGAAAAUAUAGACGUUGUAAUCUUUGCUACUGGUUAUGAAAUAUCUAUGCCAGUUCUCAAGCACGACUGGGUUUUCGACGGCGAUAAUAUGCAGCUGUAUAAAUACGUGUUUCCGGUCCGUAUGGAAAACCCAGAGAAACUUGCUGUAAUUGGCAUGAUCUCGCCAUUAGGUGGCGUGUGGCCAUGCAUGGAACUCCAAGCCAGGUGGGCCACAAGGGUGUUUACUAAAAACCUGAAGUUGCCGAAGAAAGAAGAAAUGCUCGCCGACAUUGAAACAAAGCCCAAAUAUGGCAGACGAUACUGUUUCGUGAACCCAUUUCAAUACGAAGACGAAAUUGCUGAAGAUAUUGGUGUGAAACCUUCAUUCUGGAAACUACUUCUCUCUGAUCCAAAGCUGGCCAUGGCGUUCCAGUAUGGGCCCCAGCUACCGUACAUGUAUCGUUUGCAAGGCCCUGGAAAAUGGGAAGGGGCACGUGACGCUAUAUUAAAUGCAGAAAUGAACACAACGUCACACAUGGGCUCAUAUAGAUCACAUCACACCAAGUAGGAUUAAACACAAGCAUAUAUGAUCAUAAUUGAGGUGUUGGCUGGUAUACUUAUAAUGAUCAAAUUUAUUAUACUAAAAUAAUUGGAAAUUAUAAUAACAUGAUAACCUUGAAUGUUACAAUAUUUUGAAUUCUGUGAAAACAUGUCUGAUUUGACAGGUUUUACAGUUUAGAAAGAAGCAAUUGAGUUUUUAUAAUAUUAUAACAUGUAAUACAUGACUGACUGACUGGUGUUAUUUGUGCUAAGUCAUACGAUCGACAACAAUCUGAAGCUUUUUUUAAUAAAUUUUUCUGUUAACCAU